AUGGCCUUGCUCGCCAGUCACGCAGACGAUCUUGACUCCCUCGAUGCCUUUAUCGUAACGUUCGGCCCCAAGUACGAAGUUUACUAUAAAAUGAACGUUGAGCCGUUUGCCGAUGGCUUCGUCGCCGCAACGUUUGCCGGCACAGCCACGUCCGUUGUCAACUUUGUGCUCUUCAUCAUCACCAUUAGUGUCUUUGGCCGCGCUCUUCAUGCGUUACGUAAAGCAAAGCUGGAAAAGGCACCUAGCACUACCGACUCGCAAAAGACUAUCCAGGCCGAAGGGGACAAGAUGGUCGCUUCUCCGCAAAUGACUUCCGCCGUCCCGACGUACAUCCACUGGAACAACCAGUACCCUCCUCCUCAGCAUCCCCACGCAUACGCCUACUACGGCCAGCCGUACGCACAAUCACCGCACUCGCAAACGAACCCGUCUCCGCCGAACUCUGUGCCACCGCAUGGUUUCCAACCGGCGUACUUCCCCGGCAGUAAUUGGCCUCCGCAGCCACCUCAGCAACAGCCGCCCCCCGAGGGCGGUGUCUGGCCGGCCCAGAACUACGGAAUGUACCAGCAGCAAGUGCCCAUCGGACCUCAACACACGGGCCAGUCUGGCAGCAUGAUGGGCUCCCCUCAGUUCCCCAUGGUUCAGCCAAUGCAGCCCAGCAAGGCGGAUCUACCAGGUGUUUACCCAACACCACCACCGGGAAGCGCAACUGUAGGACCCGGAUACCCGCCUCAGCAACCGCCACCUCCGCUAGCACCGGUACCCGGCACCAUACACUCGCCGGUAGAGUUGAAUGAUGGACGUGGGGACGAAAACAUGCCGGCAGAACUACCAAGCAACCCUCCAAGAUCACCCAGAUGA